AUGGAGCCCGGCGGGGACCACCGGAGCCAGAGCGGCGGCGGCAGGGGCGGCCCCGGGCCAGCAGUGGCCUCGGCACGGGGCCGACGGCUGCCGCCCACCGGAUCGAGCGGCGGCGCGGAGCCCGAGGAGGACGACGGCGGACAAGAUCUUCAGCUGGAAGGGGGUACCUUGGGGUCCUGGGGGAGUACCCCCCUGCCCUCCUCCAGGGCCAGGGGACCAGCAUCUUCGGGCAGGAAAUACUCAGACCAUUGUGAGGCCAGGGCCUCGAGGCCUGGAAAGAGCCGCAUCCCUGGCCGUGACCACCGGCGCUACUACCACGACCACUGGCGGCUGGAGUACCUGAUGGACUUCAACCCUGCUCGGCAUGGCAUGGUGUGCAUGGUGUGUGGCAGCUCCCUGGCCACCCUCAAGCUCAGCACCAUCAAGCGGCACAUCCGCCAGAAACACCCCUACUCUCUGCAUUGGAGUCCCCGUGAGAAGGAAGUCAUCAGCAACAGCUGGGAUGCCCACCUGGGGCUGGGGGCCUGUGGUGAGGCUGAGGGCCUAGGGGCCCAGGGGGCUGAGGAAGAGGAGGAGGAGGAAGAUGAAGAGGAGGAAGAGGGGGCUAGCCUCCAGGCUUGCCCACCCAAGGGCUCAGGCAAAGCCUCAGCUGGUGGGGGCUCCCUGCGUCGGUGUCGGGUGCAAGGGGGCCCAGUGGCAUCCCGACGCCGGUGCCUCUCAGCCUCCAGAAGGGCUGGGGGCAGCAGGGGACUGGGGUCCCAGCGCCUGGAGAGAAGGCUGAAGGAGUCCUUGCAGAGCUGGUUCCGGGCUGAAUGUCUCAUGGACUAUGACCCGCGGGGGAACCGGCUGGUGUGCAUGGCGUGUGGCCGGACAUUGCCCAGCCUGCACCUGGAUGACAUCCGUGCCCAUGUGUUGGAAGUGCACCCCAGCUCUCUGGGGCUCAGCGGCCCUCAGCGCAGUGCCCUGCUGCAGGCUUGGGGUGGCCAGCCUGGGGCGCUGUCUGAGCUCACCCAGCCCCCACCAGACGAGGACCUCGUUCCCCAGGACCUGACCAGAAAGAGCCGGGACUCGGCCCCUGCUGCUGGAGCCCCCUCCUCUCAGGAUCUCAGUCCCCCAGACGUAAAGGAAGAGGCUGGCAGGGUCCCUGAGAGGCCCGGGCCCACACAGGAGGGCGAGAGCGAGGGAGAGGCGGAGAGGGAGGGGGUUCCCGGGCAGUCGCUGCGGGGCGGCGACCACCGCCCUCACUACCAAGAGCGCUGGCGACUGGAGUACCUCAUGGAGCUGGACGGCGGCCGGCGCGGCCUGGUGUGCAUGGUGUGCGGGGGCGCGCUGGCCUCGCUCAAGAUGAGCACCAUCAAGCGGCACAUCCGCCAGCGCCACCCGGGCUCCACGUGCCUCACCGGGCCUGUCAAGGAAUGGAGCGAGAAGGCCGCCCACCUUCUGGCCCUGGGGCUGCCCUGCUCGGAGUCGCCCCCCAGCUCCACCGGCCCCAGUACUGCCGCAGUCCGGGAAGGGGGAAGGGCGGAGGAGGCGGAGCCAGAGGAGGAGUGGUGGGGUGAGCCGGUGGAGGGCCAGAGCAGGUGGCCAGGAGUGCCGGCAGAGAGCGCGGGCGAAGUCCCACUCUCCCCUGGGGCUGCUUUGGAGCGGCCCGCCGAGGAAGAGGAGGACGAAGAGGACGGGCAGGAACCCGGAGGACUGGCCUUCCCGCCGCUGCCACUGCCGCCGCCGCCCCCUCCCCCGCCGCCGCCGCCGCCCCGCAGCCGGGAACAGCGGCGGAACUACCAGCCGCGCUGGCGGGGCGAAUACCUGAUGGAUUACGACGGCAGCCGGCGCGGCCUGGUGUGCAUGGUGUGCGGGGGCGCGCUGGCCACGCUCAAGGUGAGCACCAUCAAGCGGCACAUCCUGCAGGUGCACCCCUUCUCCAUGGACUUCACACCGGAGGAGCGCCAGACCAUCCUGGAGGCCUACGAGGAGGCGGCGCUGCGCUGCUAUGGCCACGAGGGCUUCGGGCCACCCGCCCCUGCACCGCGUGACGGCGGCACGGACCUCAAGCCGGGUGCCGUGUGCCGGGCGUAGCGGACUCGCUGGGUCGCCCUGUGCUCGGCCGGGCCCGGGCUGGGAGGCCCUCGUAUCUAGUGCUAGAGCUUCCCACGCCCGACUGCUGUCGCGCCCCCCCGCUGGCCGGGCCGGGCGGAGAUUGGGUGGCGCCGACUCUACUGCUUGUUGCUACUUGGGUGUCGGAGCUAGUCGGGCGCUGGGGGAAGCGCACCCGGUCCCGGUGCUCCGGCCCUUUGCGCAGCGCUCCGCUUUCUAUGAAGCCAAAGCGGUCUCUGAAGUGUUAGCACCGAGCGCCGCUAGCCCCAGCCGGUGUCGGGCAGCACCCGGCGAGGCGCCCCUUUGCCAGGCUGGGAUGGGGGCGUCAUCAGUCAGUAUUAAGGCCUCCGGAGGGGCCUCGGGGAGGGCAGGAGGAGCGCGCCGGCCCCUUGUCCUGGCCGGGGGCCCAGUUCUCUGCGGCCUUGCACGCCAGCAGGCACAGCUCCCGUCUCGGGGACUGCUGACUGCCUUGUCCUAAUUGGUAUUCUUGGCCUCUCGGAGGCCCUGGCCACGGACGGGGGCCUUAGGCUGGGGGCGGACCCAGGGCUGGGAGCCUCCGGGAUGGGGAGGGCGCGUGGGACCACGGACGGGCGGGGCGACCCGCCCUGAGCCUGGGCCCUGCCAGCUGCGCCAGCCUCGGGGGCAGGCUCAGAGAGACCCUGCCCCUGGUGGCCCCGCCCUCUGCCACUCCCUCCCGCUCGUACUGGCUUCGUGUAAAGGGAUUAGCACUUUUUUCCUUUGCUCCUCUCCAGCCCUGAGGGCCUCCGUUUACCCCUAAACUGAAUCUGGCGUUUUUUGGUCUAGCGCCAGGUCCAUUUGAGCCCGGGGCACUGGCGGUCCCGGCAGUUGGCCUAUAUUCCCGCCUCCUCCCUUUGCCCCUUUGUCCUCAGUGGACUCGCUACCCGUUCUUCGCUCCCAGGGCCUGGGGCCGGGCCUCGGCCUCUCUCUUCCGGAGGCAGGGCCAGGCCCUGUGGGUGGGGAAGGGGCCCCGCGAUCUCCCAGGCAGGUCCGAGAGAGGGAUGUGUAGACUCAUUCUCCCGUGGAGAACAGGUGGCCCUGAGAUCAGGCCCCUUUUUGCUCUUUGUAUUUUAUUUUGGAACUGUAUUUAAUGCUUUUAUAUGAAAGGGGGCGGGACGGAGACAGAGCUGACCCAAUCACCCUAAUGUGCAAAUGUCUUAUUUAUUAUGCGUGUAUCAGAGAUAAGCUGUGAGGUAGUGGGGGAAGGACCUAAAGGAAGAAGGAGCUAGGACAGCGGCGGGGAUGGGAGGACUAAAUAUCCCAUACAUUCCUGUAGUCUCGGCCUCUUUCUCCGGCCCCAGCAUUGGCUUUCCACAAAGGGAUGCCCCUGCAGGGACAGCGCUCUCCGCUGGCUUAAAGUCAGGGUGGGGAAGCCAAGGGGUGGAGCUUGUGGGUGGGGUCUGCAAGGGUGUGGCCCUGGGGGACAAGGGCGGGCUGUCUUGAGAAAGCAGAAGGCAGAGAAAGCUCUUUCUCCUUACCCGCCCCAGGCCAGAACCCAAGGUUCAAGUGCCUCAGGCCAAGUUCCUUGACUUUCUAAUUGGGAGUUGGGUUUUUAUACCACGAAUUUUAUAGCAUUUUAUACAGUUUUGCUGGAGUUGGAAGGGACUCUGUGGAGAUAACUUAGUACCAUCUCUCCCCCUUCACGCAGGCAAAAUUCUUAAUACCAGAAACAACUUUUCACACAGCUAAGGUAGAAACAGGACAAGAACUAGGAAAAAAAAAAAAAAAUCCCAACUCCCAAUUCAGUGUUCUUUUCAUCAUAGCACGCUGCCUCCCAAUCUCUGGUAAAUUAUUAGAAUUUCUUUACCCAUUAUGCCUGCAAGGGGGGUGGCAUGUUUGGGGCACUGCAGGCUGUCACAGUGCACUUAUGAUUCCUGAGGUUGGCAGAGAACUGCACUUCUUGAGGAUGCUAAGCUCUUGGAAUGAGGGGCAGCUCCUGCUGCUGCAGGCCUCAGCUGGGAGGCAGAGGCUGCUUUGAAGCUUUGGGAUCAGAACACAAGAUGGGCCCUUCACCCCUGGCCAAAGGUCUACUCUGCAGGGCAAGGCUCUGGCUUUGUGUUCUUCCAUUGUUUUGGAAUUUGGGGAUGGGCUGUCAGUUGGCUGAAAAGUGAAUUUCCACUGAGUUUGGCCCUCCAGGGUUUUUGAGACAGUAUUAAAAUCUUGAGAACAGAUAAGCUGUGGCACCAGCCUGGGCAUUGCCAUUCAUUACUUCAUGCAUGUUGGUUUCAAAUCCAGAAGGAGUAUUCUAUCACUUUUUCCACACUGCCAUUCAAAAACAGGCAAAUCAGGACAACUGGUUAUAAUCACCUGAGCUCACUGUUGACGCUCAGGUAAGCCAAGUCAGAAAACAGGUUAGGUAUUGGUUUCCCCCUUCACAGAAGAGGCCUUAGAACAAAAGUGACUGAGUGGCUUUCUAAGUGUGGCCCCAGAUCUGCAUCAUCAUCUUAGGACCUUGCUAGAGGUAUAAAUUUUGGGGGCCCAAAUGUGAUCUGGGAAGUGCCGCUGUAGUGAUUCCUACUGUGACUGGAGCUAUGGCCUCAGAGUUGCCCUCAUUCCUUGGGUGCCUCCUUGCCUUGGGAUUCUGACAUGAACAAUUUCAUUUUUUUUUUUCUUUUUUGGUUAAUGGUAUCCUUGCUAUUAUGGCCAAUAUGUAAAUGUUACUCUGAAUACAUAUUUAUAUACCAUGUUACUUAGUGACAUUAUUUGAACAUUUGUAUGCGUAUUUGUGAAGUUGUUUGCUUCAGUCAUUUAAAAAAAAUACUUCAGCCUAAGUUUUUUAAGAGAUAUGUUGAAUAAAUUUUUAAAAUCCAGCGUGAGUCACAGCAGCCUUAGUUUUGGGAAGAGCAACUUGAGAAACAAGUUGUUUUACAAAGAGGUGACUGAUUCUUGAUUUUGGUGCUUAGUGUGGCCUUCUGUGGCUGCUUCACAUUGCAAGUGGGGAACCCUUCCAGGCUGGUGUGUUCCUCUGGGCCAGCAGCCCCCUUGCAUCCUUUUUUUUUUUUUUUUUCUUUAAAGUGUGGCUGGGGUGAUUGAACCCAGGGCGUCAUGCAUGCCAGAAAAGUGCUCUACCACUAAGCCAUACCUCCAGCUCAUCUUUCUCCUAAGCUCACCUCUUAGAGGGUGUCUGAUUUUCUCAGAAACCAAAUGCACAACUGUGCUUUUUACAUUAUGGAAAUUCUGCAAUUUAGGAAUUCAUAUAAAUUGUUUUUUAAAAUCCUCAAAGCGGAGUGAGGAGGGGGGAAGUGGAAGGAAGCCCUGUUUAUAAGUAUAAAGAAUAAAGUUAGCAGAACACCACCA